UUUUAAAGUGUCACUCGCUUAGUGUGCAGCCCUUGACAAUUUCUAUAGAUUUAAAAAACAAGAAAUACUCAUAGUGUUGAAAUUCCUGAAAAAAGGAUAUAAGAAGAAACUUUUUCUUUUUUAUUUGCUGCUUUGGUACUUAACAUCUUCACAAGCAUUUAUUUUGGUCUCCAGAAAUUCGAUUCGAAUAGCAACUUUUAAAUAACACCGCGCACGCCAGCCAUGUUGACUGUAGGCUUGACACUAGGCCUCAGCCUCAUAAUCGCCGCUUACUACUGGGUGCGGCAACAUUAUCGCUAUUGGGAAAAGCUUGGCCUACCGCACAUACCAUCCACACUGAUCGUGGGCAAUGUUUACGAUUUGCUGAGCAGUCGCUCGUGCGCUGGCGAACAAUUCAUGACGCUCCACCACCACCCAGCCGCCAACGGGCACGAUUUCGUGGGCAUUCAUGUGCUGCAUAAUCACGCACUGCUACUGCGUGCGCCCGAGCUAAUCAAACGUGUGCUCGUAAGCGAUUUUAGCAAAUUCGGUAGCCGCUUUGCGCGCAGUGACCCAGUGGGCGAUGAAAUAGGUGCCUUGAGUUUGUUCUUUGCGCAAUACGACAUCUGGAAGGAGAUACGCCCGAUAUUUUCACCAUUAUAUACUCACGGAAAAGUCAAGCAAAUGUAUCCACUGUUGACUCAGGUCGGCUACAAGCUAGAGGAAUACAUGAGCACUUUGAAAUUCGAUGAAGAAACCAACUCGACCGUCGUCGAGGUGAAGAGUAUGUGCGCACUCUACACCACCGAUGUCAUAGCCUCGGUCGCCUUCGGCAUUGAGGCGAAUAGUUUGUCAAAUCCCAAAGCCGAAGUGCGAAACAAAUGCAUCGAAGUGAACGACCCACGCUUCAAACGCUUGCUACACCUCUUCACCAUGUUCUUCGCGCCGAAAUUAGUCGGGCGUGUUGGUACGCAUAUCUACUCGCCGGAAUUUGAACAAUUCAUGCGCUCUUUCAUUCAAUACGCCAUGGACGAGCGUAUGCGUAGUGGCGCACAUCCCAAUGACUUGGUUGAUGUAUUUCUGGCUUUGAAGGAGCGAACUAUUCCCACCGCGAAAGCGGAUGUGAUGCAAAAGCAUGAUUUUUUUGUAGCUCAAGCGGCUUUCUUGCUAUUGGCUGGUUUUGACACCUCCUCUUCGACGAUUAGUUUCGCGCUCUAUGAAUUGGCCAGGCAUCCAGAAAUGCAGCGUCGUUUGCGCGCGGAAUUAUUGGAAGCGCUUGAAAAAGGUGAUGGUGUAAUCGACUAUGAAGCCGUCAACGCGCUGCCCUAUUUGCGUAUGGUGGUCGAUGAGACGCUACGCUUGUAUCCGUCUAAUUCGUUUGUCGAGCGCCGCUGUACUGCCCCGGAGGGUUACUUGUUGGAUAGCGAAAGUGGUUAUCGUAUACCAGAAGGUAUGCCAAUUUAUAUUUCUAUACUCGGCUUACAUCGAGAGGAAGGGUUAUGGCCUAAACCGCUUGAGUUCGAUCCGGAACGCUUUUCACCUGAAAAUCGCAAACUGCAUACGCCUAUGAGUUAUAUGCCCUUCGGCGGGGGGCCACGCGGCUGCAUGGGCACAAUGCUGGCUCCUAUGGAAAUUAAAGCGGGACUCAUACAUAUUUUAAAGAAUUACCGUGUAGAAACUUGCUCACUCACACCAUCCGAAAUAAAGUUCAAUGCGAAAGCCUUCGCCUUGGCCGGAGACGGUGGUACUCGUCUGAGUUUCGUGAAGGAUAAGAUUUACCAGUUAGACGUGCAGUUUCAAUGUGCAAGCCAACCAGCGCUACAGCAGUGCGCAGUUUCCAUAAAUUUAAAACAAAGUAGCGUAAAAAUUACAAAAAAACAAAACUCAUUAAUAGUGAAAACGUCAGUCAUGUUGGCUGUAGGCUUGGCACUAACCCUCAGCCUCAUAAUCGCCGCUUACUACUGGCUCCGGCAACAUUAUCGCUAUUGGGAAAAGCUUGGCCUACCGCACAUCCCAUCCACGUUGAUAGUGGGCAAUGUUUUCGAUUUGCUGCGUUACCGUUGGUCCUUUGGCGAGCACUUCAUGGCGCUCUACAAUGAUCCGGCCGCCCAAGGACACGACUUCGUGGGCAUUCAUGUGCUGCAUAAUCACGCACUGUUGCUACGUGCGCCCGAGCUAAUCAAACGUGUGCUGGUAAGUGACUUUAGCACAUUCGGUAGCCGCUUCGAACGUAGUGAUCCGGUGGGCGAUGCCAUGGGUUCGUUGAAUUUGUUCUUUGCGCAAUACGACAUCUGGAAGGAUAUACACCAGAUAUUUUCACCGCUCUUCGCUUACGGCAAGACGAAACAAAUGUAUCCGCUACUGCAACAGGUUGGCUGUAAGCUGGAGCAAUACAUGGCCGCUAUGAAUUUCGAUGAAAAAACCGACUCGGUCAUUGUCGAGUUGAAGGAGAUGUGUGCACUGUACACCACCGAUGUCAUAGCUUCAAUAGCUUUCGGCAUCGAGGCAAAUAGUUUAGCAAAUCCCAAAGCUGAGUUCCGUCGCAUGUGCAUCGAAGUUUAUGAGCCACGCCCCAAACGCUUACUACACCUUUUCACCAUAUUCUUCGCGCCACAACUGGUCGGACGUGUAGGCACACAUCUGUAUUCGCCCGAGUAUGAAAAGUUCAUGCGUUCUUCCACUGACUACGCGAUUGAGGAGCGUGUGCGUAGCGGCGCGCUACGCAACGAUCUGAUCGACAUAUUUAUAGCGCUAAAGCGGCAAGCGGAGGGCAGCGCGAAAUUGGGUGUGAUGAAGGAACGCGAUUUCUUUGUCGCUCAAUCGGCCUUCUUGCUAUUGGCUGGCUUUGACACAUCCUCUUCGACAAUCACUUUCACCCUCUACGAGUUGGCUAAGCAUCCGGAAAUGCAGCGUCGUUUGCGCGCUGAAUUGCGAGAGGCGCUGACAAAAGGUGGUGGGGAGUUGGACUACGACACCAUUAGUACGCUACCGUAUUUGCGUAUGGUCGUGGAUGAAGUGUUGCGUUUAUAUCCGGCUACUACAUUUCUAGAUCGACGCUGUACUGCCGCGGAGGGUUACUUGUUGGAUAGCAAAAGUGGUUAUCGUAUACCAGAAGGUAUGCCAGUCUAUAUUUCAGUGCUCGGUUUACAUCGAGAUGAACGGCUAUGGCCCAAUCCACUCGAGUUCGAUCCGGAGCGCUUUUCGCCGGAAAAUCGCGAGCAACAUAUACCUAUGAGUUAUAUACCCUUCGGCGCCGGUCCACGCGGCUGUACUGGCACUCUAUUGGGGCUAUUGGAAGUUAAAACGGGACUCGUACAUAUUUUAAAGAAUUACCGUGUUGAAACUUGCCCACUCACACCAACGGAAAUGACAUUCGAUGCGAAAGCAUUCGUUUUGGCACCAGACGGUGGCACUUAUCUGCGUUUCGUGAAGGAUAAGAUUUGCUGAUUUCAAUAAAUAUUCACUGCAAA